AUGUAUGUAUAUCGGAUAACCAUAGGCACGUGCAUGUCAUCGUAUUGAAGAAUGACAAGGAAGGGCGGGUCUGGAUAUAGUUUGCGAAAAGCUCUUGGGGCUAUUAAGGACAGCACGACUGUCCAUUUGGCUAAAUUCAAUAAAGCCUACAAGCAACUGGAGAUAAACAUCGUUAAGGCUACUAGUCAUGUUGAACAACCAGCUAAGGAGAAACAUAUGCGAGCUGUACUUGUAGCCCUCUCGGCUACAAGACCUAGGCAUGAUGUUGCAUACUGUCUCCAUGUUCUUAAAAGAAGAUUGUCAAAGACACGUAAUUGGGCGGUUGCUUUGAAAACUUUGAUUGUCAUCCACAGGGCCUUGCGGGAGAUGGAUAUUACAUUCCAAGAAGAAGUUCUUAACUAUAAAAUGGACAAUCCUAGUUUUCUCAACUUAUCUCACCUCAAAGAUUAUUCUAGUCUGGAUGCAUGUGAUUAUUCUUACUGGGUUCGGGUGUAUGCUGAAUAUUUGGAAGAGAGACUUCACUGCUUCCAUGUCCUGAAGUACGAUCUCCAGACAGAACAUCUUAGAACAAGGGAUCUAGGUACUUCUGAACUGUUUACCCAGUUAUUGACUUUGCAAACGCUCGUACUCCGUGCCAUAUGCUGUAAGCCAGAAGGAGCAUCGGCUCAUAACUCUGUGAUUCAUGUAGCACUCUAUAUGGUUUCUUGUGAUAGUGUUAAAGUAUUCAAGGCAGUUAGUGACGGUACACUUAAUUUGGUUGACAAAUUUUUUGAGAUGAAUCAAUCCGAUGCUCAUGAUGCUGUGGGGAUGUAUAGGAGGACAGAGGCGCAGGCCCUGAGUUUGUUAAGCUUUUAUGAGACAUGUCAAGCUCUAAACAUCAAUUGUAGUGAUGGGCUCACUGAGAUUGAGCCGCCAUCGUCUUCAUUCAUACAAGUCAUGGAAGAAUAUUUACUUGAUGCUCCUCUGGAUUCAGCUGUUCACAAAGAUCUGAACUCAAUCGAAGGAAAACCAGAAGCAAUGCUGGCCAUAGAAUACGAAAAGGAUACAGAGAUUCCGAAGAAUGACUCACCUCCAUCUUCAGAAGAGCCAAAGCCAGAUGUUGAGCCAGUUAAAGUAGAAGCUCAUCUUGCUGAACCGCUACCAGAUUUACUGUGUCUGGAUGAUCCCGUUAAUGAAGUCUCUGAAUUAGACGAGAAUGCUAUUGUUCCUAUAUUUGAUCAGCCAGCUUGUACUGCUGCAACUUCCAUUAAUGGAACUGCAGGAUGGGAAUUAGCCCUUGUAACUGCUCCAAGCUCUAAGGAGAUUGUUACAUCUUCGAGCAAACCGGGUACAUGGCUGGACAAAGUUACUCUUGACAGGCUCUAUGACGAUGCAGUCAGGAGAACCAACCAGACCAUGAGUUACAACCCAUGGGAACAAGCUCCUGUCCCCAGGUUCAUGAUAGUACCACAACCUGCACCGAACCCAUUUACUUCUAACAUGAUGGCUGCAUCACACAAUCUACAAUUGUCAGCCGUGUUUCAGCAGCAGCAAGCAUUCAUCCUAAACCAACAAGAUCAACAAAUGAUGAUGAACCCACCGAUGCUACAACAAGUGGCAUUUCAUAUAAAAGGGACUUAGGAAGGUAGACGAGAUAUCUAAUAAUAUGCAGUGGAUGUAGAAUGAGAUCAUUUUUCAAGGUAUGGAUUGUCCUUUUUAGUUUCUUUUCCAAUUGGGGAACAGAAUACUGAUUUCGGGCUCAUUCAAGUUCUUUGAUCCUUCUUUGUUCAAGCAGGUAGCUUGUUUCAUGGUGUAUUUCAUUUUCUUGUUUUGCAACUUUCUUGAA